AUGAACGCGCCAAGCCAUGACGAAGUCGAUCGGGUAUUGCGCCUCAAGCGCAAAGAAAGAGAAGCAAGAGCAUGCUACCCCUGCAGGAAAAGAAAGGUCAAAUGUGAUGGCAUUCAACCCUGUCGCACGUGUCAGAAGCGGAAUCACCCGCAUAUAUGCACCUACGACCCACCACGCGAUCCAAGAAGGGAGGCCUCUCACGCUGCCUCGAAUGUUCACUCCGCGUCACCAAGCCCAGCACGCGCGCAACAAUCGCGAUACCGGACCAAUGCCACGGUGACUGCUCCUGCCACCACUUCUUUGCGACCUGACGAUACAGGGAAGAAUUAUGUCUACUCAGGAGACAACUCGGUCGUUUCGAUACUGCGCUCGAGGGCUUCCGAUGCCAAUGAUUCUAUGACCCGCGAUCUUGGAUCUGUCUUGGGUCUCCAAAAUACCUUCAAUAACUACCCAUUUAUGGACUCCAAGACUCCCCAAGAGAAAUGGGUAUCGUUGCUCGGUGUUCUACCUCAGCGGAACGAAGUAUUGAAAUUUUUUCAUUACUACCGUGUGACAGCUUAUCCGUUCAAUCCCAUCCUGGCAGAUAUGGAUCGCUUCGAGUCGGACAUGUGCACAUAUCUUAAUGCUCAUGCGGCAGGGGAACUACGAGGCGAAGACAGGAUAGUUGACCGAUGGGCAAGUGACAAGUCUGUUGGUCAUAUCAGUCUCCUGUUGGCUACCCUUGCUGCCGGGGCUCAUUACUCGGACAUUGACUAUCCCCAACGGUUCGAAUUGGCAAGUGAUUUCGCUCGACGCUCCUUCCACGCGCUCCGCCUAGCCAACUUCCUUUUCAGACCAAGCCUCGAUAUUGUUCAAACACUUCUGAUUCUUGGCAAUACAUUGCAAAAUAUGGGCCAAUCAGAUGCGGCGUGGGCUUUAUUAGGAACCACGAUCCGGCUCGCCCAAACGAUGGGAUUGCAUACUGAACGGAGUACUUUACAGUGGCCGGAAUAUGUACGGAAUAAAACGCGACGCCUUUGGUCCACUAUCGUCUGGCAGGACAGCUUGCUAUGCAUGUGCUACGAUCGGCCACCGAUCGUGACAGUCACCGGAUGGACAACCGACGACACUCUUCUGCAACGGGGUGAGCUAUCCUAUCAAGAAAUCAUGCACUCUCUGUGCCGACUCAUCCUUGACAUCAUUCGGCCGGAUACGUUCGUAGGUGAGUUUGAUCGGGCGAUUGAAGCUCUCAAUCGGCUAGACUCGCUCUACCAGCACGGGCAGCCUCAUCUUCAACUGCGCGACAACUGCACAACCCUUCAACAGCACCUCGAGCACCUUGCCCUCAAAAUGCAUUCGUCAUUCUGUGUAUCCGUGGUUUGCCGCCCAGCGAUGAAACAAUCACAACCGCAGCCGCAUCUCCUCCAGACCAACAUUCUUCGGAGCCGGGCAAAGGGAAGUCUGAUCGAUGCCUCGCGAGCAUUCCUCGAUUUCCAAGCACUGAGUGUGGUCCCAUUACGUAGUUGGUCGAUGGUGCAUACUGUGCUGAGCUCCACCCUCCUUCUCUGUAUCUGGGAAGAAACGCGAAAUGACCCUCAAUGCCGAGACCUCCAACAGUGCGUUAUCGACGUGUUCACUGCAUCUGAGUCUCGAGCAACGGAUGAAGGUAGUGCAGUUAACGACGGCCAGUGGUUAUCUGCGAGACAUAUCCGUGCGCUGGUGACUUUGCGCGGAGCCUUGGAUCGAGAACCUGAAAGAAAUAUGGCCGACAGUGAGCCCUGGUUAGGACAAGGUGUGAACAACACUGGCUUUGGCCCGGGAAUGCCUAAUGACCUUUUCAACGAUGUCAACCCGUUUGACAAUUCGCCCGUGUCUUACCUCGAUAUGAUCAUGAAUGGUCCGAUGUUUGACAUGAGCCAGGAAAACGGGUUUCUUUAA